AAAGGCAUCUUUAAAAUCCGCAAGAUCUUUUUCUCCCUUCUUUCUAUAAUAAUCAUUCUCUUAUCUUUUCCAUUUUCAUCUCUCUGAUAUCCACAAAACAACACACGCACAAUCUUCAAAACUAGGGUUUCUAUUCACAAAAUGGACAGAAAAGACGAACAAAAAUCAUCGAAUGAUAACAAAAGAGAUCAGAUUAACACCGAUUUGAAUGGAUCAUCGAUUGAUGAUUCGAUUGAUUCGAUGAAUUCGAGGAGAGAUUUGAGAUCUGGCGAGGAGAACGGAUUGAUUGAGCGAUUGAAUGAUGUGUUGGUUGAGGAAGGAGAUGAUGAUUUGUUGUUUAGAGAGGAGAAUGUUUUACAGUGGCUACAAGCUUUGGAUAUGCAGGUUAUGGGAGCGUGUCGUGCGGAUGAGCGAUUGAAGCCGAUGUUGAAGCGGAAUGGAUCGGGCGGCGUUGCGGAUGAUUGUUUGCUUGCACAGCUUAAUCAGCACUUUGAGCCAUCAGAAGUUGCAAUGCUCGCUAGGUGUUUGUGUAUCCCGCUGGUUUCUAUUCGUGUUGGAAAGAUCGAUAAGCAAGGGACUCGUUUGUGCCCCACCAGUACAAGAGGGAAUUUAACCCUUACUCUUUUGCCUACUUCGAAUCUGCGGAUUUCUUUCAUUGGCGAUGAAGGUCAGAUAGAAAGAUUAGCAACCCUGAGUAGCAGCUCAAAUUGCACCUCUGUAGAGAUUGAAACAAUCCCAGCAGACAGAUCUGGCCGAUCUUUUGUGAUGAGGAUCGCUUCAUGUGAUAAUUUUUAUUUUUGGUGCUCAGAAAAGUCAAAGCUACUUGGAGACGAGUUAAUUGACAAGCUGAACAAUUUGCUGACAAAGAAGCCCUCUCUUGCUGAAUUAACUGGUAUUAGUGAGUCUCGCCUUGGUUGUUUUGCGACACGGCUCCGCUCCUCCCUUGGUGGGGCAACAAUGACUCAAAAUCACACAAAUUCACUAGCCUUAGCUACUACUCUUCCCUCAGAUGUGCUAGAUGUUCAAUUUACAACCUCGUCAACCAAGCAUGCACGCCCGCGGCAUUAUGGCAAUCAAGCUGGAAAAGCAAAUGCAUUCUAUAUGGGUAGUCUUAGUCCGAGGUCUAAUAGUUUCAAAGAGGGUCUACCAAGAAAUUUAUCCUCUUUGAAAAUUGCUUCUAAAGAUAAAUUCAGGCGUCGUGGAGAAAGCCAUCUUUCUUUGGUUGACAACCUUUCUUCUCCGUCACAAACCAACUCGGACCAAACUGGUGCAAAUCAAGAGAACAAUCUUAAAGAGUUCAAUGAAAAUAUUUCAUCUCUCACAUCAAGUUUUCUAGAUUCACUUGGAAAAUCUACUGAACUUCCUUCUCUAAGCUCAGCAGCAUCGAACAUUCCGUUGUCCUAUAUUUCUCCGUAUUAUUGCUGGUGUCCUCCUGUCACAUCAACGCUGCAAUGUGCAGUGGAACCUAUACAGUUGCCUAUCUCCUCAACUGAAUCUUUCUGUUUGCCACCUCUUUCUUCCCUUCUCUCUACCUCUAUGCCCUCUAAUCUGUUGUCAUGUGAGUCUCCUCUGAAGCUGUCUGAAAUUCCCUCUUUAGAUUUUCCACCGUUUCUUCCUGACCCACUGGUUAGGUUGCCAUUGUCUAUGGCAUCAUCACAGCAAAUUGCAACGUUCACACCUUUGAUGUGUGAUCCCAUUGUCCACAUUCCAGUUAUUGACAUUUGCUCGUCAGGCCCUGUUUACCUGGUGAGUGCUGGUCCUACUAUUUCAACCUCAAUACCAUCUUUGCACCCAACUCAUCCAUUAAUUCCUGCUAGUGACUCGAUGAUUGAGAGCAGUGCUAGGGAAACAUUGAGGCUGUUGAUCAGUCGUUCUAGCCAGACUAACUCACAGUUGAUGUCAGUAUUUCCCUCUGUUUUAACAAGUAAUGGUGAAGCUCAAAGUAUACUUGCUCACGGUAGUAGGGGUAUAUAUGAAGGAGGCAGUGAUGUUGGCAACAUUGCUAACAGCAUUGCUGCAAUGAGUUUGGUUUCGCUGUCUGAGAGGCCUGUCGGAAGCAGCAGUGUAUUUAAUAGAUGCCUUAGCCAAGGUGACAUGGUUGAUCAGCUGGAGAAACAGGGGGGAGGUGGAUCCGGUGGGACUUGUCUGGAUGAUGAAGGAAGAGGACUAGUUGAUUGAAUGCUAGAUCUUUGCUUUGUUUUUAGAUGUGAGUUUUUGUGAUGGAAAGUGUAGAUAUAUGUGUAGAAUGGCUGUAAUGAACUGUAAGUAUUCGUACUUAAACUCUAAACUGUUGCCAAAGUAGCCAAAAUUGCUCUAUUUGAUGAUAUCUGUUAAUCUUUUGCUCAA